UUUCCGUAGUCUCUGGGAAAACAUGGCGUCGCGCACCACCAAGGCACUUCUGUCCCUAGGUCGAAUAAAUAUUCCUGCUCUUGGACUUAAUAAUGCAGUCAGCAGGGUCACAUACGCAACGGCUUUGUCCGUAAAUUCCUCCUCGUCCAAAAAAGGUGCUCCAGAGAGAAACGGUAGAGGAUUUGGUAGCAGAAAACCCAGAAGAGAAGCCGAGGGGCCCAGGACAGAAAAGAUGCCGGUGGAUCAGGACUGGACUGCAGUUUAUCCAGCAGCGACCCCCUUCAGACCAGGCUCCGUACCUCUGCCCGUGAGGAUGGGAUACCCUGUGAAAGGAGGAGUUCCUCCAGAGAAGAAGGGCAACUUGGAGCUAAUCAAGAUCCCAAACUUCCUGCAUUUGACACCAGCAGCCAUCAAGAAACACUGUGAAGCUCUUAAACCGUUCUGCACAGAGUGGCCGUCUGCUUUGGACACUGAUGCCAAGUGUGAUGAACACUUCCCCAUUAAAGUAGAAUGCACAGACUACGUGUCCUCUGGGCUGUCUGUCAGAAACCCUUCAGCUCGUAUUGUUCAACUCAAAGUAAAGCUGUCCGUUUUAAACCUGGACGACCAUGCACGCAAGAAAAUGCUCAAACUUGUCGGGGAGAGAUACUGCAAAGACACUGACGUCCUCACUAUCACAACUGACAGCUGCCCACUGAGACAGCAGAACUAUGACUAUGCCCAGUACCUGCUAACUGUUCUCUACCACGAGUCUUGGAAAACCGAGGCCUGGGAGGCUGAGAAGACCGUGGCAGACAUGGAGGAGUAUAGCUGGGAAGGCAGCCCGUCCCAGAAGAAUAUCAUGGAUUUGUUGCUACGCAUGAACGUGGCCGGAGAGGGAGAAGGUGAAGAAGUGCGAGAACAGCUGCUGGGAAGAAGUGAGGUGCAGGAGUACAAGGACUCAGUAACAAGGCUGAAGAACGAAGGAGACAACGAGGGCAGCGUGCUGCAGUACAAGGAGGCGGUCAAGAAAGUGUUCAACCUCUAAUACCACUGAACAUACAAAUGUAUUUACACAAAGACGGCAACCAAGAGCAACAUGGACCUCCACUUGCAGCCUCACAUAUAAUUUGGGACUCCAACAUUGAAUCAGUAACACAAACAGGAGUUACUUUAGAUUUUCAUUGUUUCAUUUUGCAUCAGGAUAUCACAACCCCAAGACUAUAGUUAGUAAUAUUUAUAUUCCAAAAUAAUAUACUGUUAUGAGGCGAACGAUGCAGGCGUUGAUAUAAAAAUAAAAUUGUAAUGUAUGCUGUUGUUACUGAGUGUUGUCUUUGAAGUCAGGAAGUUGUAUGGAG